AUGGGAGCUUCCAUAUCGAUAGCGCAGUGUAAAAGCCAUUACAACACGACUGUGGACUGCAGUGUCACCCCGAACGACUCUGGAGGAUUCCAGACUAUCGCUGGCUAUGAGCGCGGCGAAGUCCCUCCCGAGCCGGAUAUCGCGGGCACUGGGAUUGUUUCCGUCUUUAUCGCUGUCGCGUCUUUUGCGUUCGCCAUUGGUGUCUUUGACGUCAUAUGGACCGUAGUAAAACAUAAUUCAACGACACAUCAACGGUUCAAGACUUCUGGUUUCCAAAGACCACGUUGGGCUAGCAAGUUUAGUCGAUCAAAAUUCUUUCAAGCUCUCGUCGUCUCUUGCAGCGACCAACAGGUCUUCACAGGCGGUGCCUACCUAGUGACCAUUAGGUUUUGGAAAGGCUGUUUCAUAACCGCUUACCACUACAACAUUGUCGCAAACAUGCUACUGCUCACUUGCGCGACGCAUCUCAUGUCCGUUGUGAUCUCAAAGAACUACUUCGAAAGGCUCCUCCUUGCUUGUCUACGAGUCAUAUUUAUCACAGUCGUAUUCGCCAUGACUGGGCUCUUACUAUCCAACCAGAACGCAAGCAACAACGUACCUUUUCUAACGAAGGUGCCGCCCAGUAAUGAAUCAGACAGCUUGCUGUUAUCUCCAGCUGUUUGCUUUCAGAAUGGGGAAGACAGCAUUGAACAGUUGAAGCAACUCCUGCUAGACUCAGUAGGAAGUGGAACAGCGGUGGAGAGGGCAUUACUACAGAGCACUCCGGGGAACUACAUUCAGGGCUGGAACCUCUACCUAGUCAUCCUGAUUUGGUACGGUGUAUCCAUUCUUGCAGAGUUGGGCCGAUGCUGUUAUCGAAGUAGGAAAAAACAUCGCGAAGCCGCCGAGAAUAACGGUUGGCACAAGCGCGACAACUGUUUUGUCAAAUUUUUCUCCGGUGUUGGUAGAUUCUCCUACGGAGUAUAUCUUCUUGGCGGAAUAGGCAUCUGCGGAACAACAGUUGUGAUGUCGAGCCUUUACAUUAUGAAUCUGAGGCGUUGGGUGAAAAGGUCGCGAUGGCUUGAGCUGGACGAAGGCGGGCAGAGUGAAGAAGACGAUGCAACAUCCUUUGGGCAGCUUGUGCCUAUUAUCUUGGUGGGAUUGACGGCUUUCACGUUUCUCUCAAUACUGAGUGUCGCAAGUCUUAUCAAUCUAAAGACGGUUACUCAUCAGUGA